CAGAGGGCCCGUGACAUUGAGGGCGCAAGUAGUAAACAAAGUCGAAGCACUGGCGCAACUAGAAAUUAUAAGAGAAAGUAUACGUCAUCGUCAUCCGGAGUGAGUAAGACCGGCAUUCAUCGCAGUUCACCGCGAAAAAUGCAAGGCACCAUCAAUUCUACUUCUAGCAAAGCGAGGAUAAACAUCAGCAAGGUAACAACAUCAAUGAAUAAGCCCAAAAGAUUGACUGAAAUUAGUAUCGCGCCAGCGUCGUCUCUAUUCGGAGAAUCAGAGCGUACGGAUGUUGUGGAAAUGCAACAAGAAACUCUCACAGAUAGGCUGUUGGGGCAUCUAUUUCUGGAGCGAUACCACGAAAACACGACAGAGGAUUGGUUGAAUCGCUAUACAGCUGCCAUUUCAGGGUCGCCACAACAAAAUUUGAGCUUGAUAAGAAGUACAAGCAAGGGAGCCAGUGAGUGGAAUAAGAAUACUUCCGGUUCUUCCAGUACAAGUAUGAGGUCUACUACUGGUGGUCUCCGUGCGAGGAUAUCGAGCACUGCCGCUAGUACACGCGGAAUGGGGAUGGAGCGAGAGCAGCACAAGCGACGACCGCGCAGUGCGUCUUCGAUUGAGAGAGUAGGCGAACCACAACCGCCUGUGGGUUCCAGUAUUUUAUCAAUCGCAUCGUCGCCACCGAUGAGCGCCAACAAACGACGAAAGAACCCACAAGACCGCAAAACUAUUUCUGGUGGUGGUAUUUUCGCUUCCGCGCAUCAAGGCACACACCAGGCAGAGCUUCUGGCUCCACCUCAAGCUCCUGCGCAAACUCGUGGUUCAAGAAACUCGAGAAAUAACGAACAGGAGUACCCAAACGUGGCUGGCGGAGGCAUGAUAAUAAUGGUCCACGAAAAUAAAGGAGCAUCAAAUGAAGCGCCGUCGUACCGCCCAAAGAGGAAAGUUAAGCGAGCUGACAGUUCCAGAGCACUGGAAUCUUCAAAAAAACAAGUUCGGAACUCGAAUAACAUUGUUGACAUCACUCCGUCGGCCUCACAAAACGCAAGAACUAGCGAAAAGAACGAGGAAGUAGGCGCACAUAAUUUUGAUUCCGGAACAAGAGCUUCUCAUCAACAUGAUCAACUCCAUGCUUCAUCUGCAACUUCUCAUGAUGCUGGUCUAAUGAAAGCAACGAGUGCUUGCCAACAUCAACAGACCCAGAGAAUCAUCUUGCGUGAUGGCAAUCAACAUCUGAAUCUCGCUGAUUAUUCCUUUAAGGUCGUUUGGGUGGAUCCCGAGCGCGAGCUGUCCUACUGCUAUUCCUCUUAUCAAGCGGGCAUUGCGCAUCUGCUUUCUAGCUACCGGCUCUGCCUACAGGCGUUGCGUUUGCACUGCCUGAGUCUCGCAGAUAGCGGCUUUGAGGAUCGGGUAGAGGCAGAAGCAGACGGUACACCCGUUGUACUAGAAACUGGCGAUCGCGAUGCUGAGGACAACAAGGAAACCGCCGAUGAAGAAAUGCAUGAAACCGACCAGCCAGGGGAGGAGCAAACGUGUGAGCAAGAUGAAAAUGCGUUGUUCAAAGAAAACCAAGACAAAGAGGUAAGGAGCAGCGCCGCGCUCUAUGAAGGUGAAACAGAUUCUGUAGCUCCGUCGGCGCGCACCGAGGACCACACGGCAACUGAAGUGGAAACUGUAGCAGUUGUUGUGCAACAAGAAGAUGACGACGGAGCGGCAGCAGGAGAAUUACACUGCGACAGGACUGAGCUGCCUAGUCCUCUUGAGUUAAUCGGCAAUGAUCCGGAGUUAGACGGGAACUCGAACAUAUUGAAGAACGUUGAAGAACAUGACCAUGACCUGAUUUUACCUCGUCCGCCGGCUAGUCCAGAAACGGCGCGUGGAUUGCUCCAGAUCAGUCAAGAUCUGACUAGAGCGGCUCGUCGAUCUUCAUCGAGGUGUUUGUGAUAUGCCGUGUAGCGAUGGGUAUCGCUCCACUUGCCCAGUUGAUAUUGAUAAUGUGAACUGUCGUGUCAGUAAGACUAAGACUUACUAUCACGUUCACGCUGAUAAUGAUUGUACGUAGUAGAUUAUGCAUUUGUUGAGCUUGAGUUUAACAUGUAGCUACAUCAAAGAAAUGUCCAACGAUACUUUUACUUGAGCUCCUAUCUAAUGAGAACCGCACGAUGCAGAUCAACCGUCAAUCUCUCUUGUCUUAUGGGACAAUAGAGAUUGGCCAACUUUUUAAUCUUAGAAUGAUAGAGAUACUGUUCAUGAGGCACGAUGUUACUUUGCGCACACCCGUCAGCCUGCUAGGAUCCGACUCCUUUACUCAACUGCACCCAUGAAAGGAUACAUCAUCUGAGAGUAAGCUCGAUGACUUCAAUGUGCUCCAGGCAGCCAUGGCAGCUUUGCCCCUUUUUCUCAAUGAGACGACCGCAAACGGUAAUUUGGAUUGUCUCCACCGCGUGGC